GGGACUUCAGACUUGUCUCCAAACCGAACCCCGACCUGUUUUCAGAGGACGCUCUGCCAUCCUGUGUGUGUGUCACAUAAAGUCAACUCUUGUCUACGUGCCCGUCGUUGAGCCGCCACCAUGCCUGAGCAUGCAGAAGCCCACUCCCACACCAUCCCCACCAACCGCAACUGCACCAUAGAGAUCACCAACGUCAGCUCCACCUUCUGCCUCGUCAACCCAAAGGUGCACAUGGAAAGCGGCUUCGCCUAUAAUCCUCCACAGCCGACCCUGCGUCCCCAGCUGACCGAGGUGUGCUCCUUCACCAAGGACGACAACACGGCUUCGGGCGCCGUGGGGGUCAUGACCUACGAGCUGUUCAACAUGCAGGACCGCCACUGCAACGAGGUGAUCGCCAUCAUGUUCUCGGUGCCCUUCGACUACACUUUCUACAAAAACUGGCUCGGCGUGGGCAUAUUUGAGCACACGCGGGCCUGCGAUGGGAAGCUGUUCGACUACAUGUACAAGGGGAAGGAUUUCACCAACUUUGUGCGCCACGAGGCCGACGGCUCAGGGGUGUCGUACGGGGGGAGGUCUGUGGAUGUGAGGGCGUGCAUGUCCGACGAGGGCCAGGCCAUCGUCAAACUGGAGGUGUACGACAAGAUGGGCAGAUGAGUCACAUCGGGGCAGUUCCUUCAAACCUGCAUGUAAUAUGUGUGUCAUUCAUGUCAUGUCAUGUACGGGCGCUUUAAAUGAAUAAAAAAACAAUGG